AGUUUUUGAGUGCUAUUUUUGUGAUAUAAACUUAGAAAGGUGCUAUUUUGGAGAUUUGCCCUAUAUCUAUCUAUCUAAUUUUUUUUUAACGAACAACAAGAACUAUAUCUAUAAAAAGUGAAAAUUCCCAAAACAAAUAGCUGAACUAAUUUAUAUUUGCUAAAAAAUAUUUAAACUAUUUUGGUUCAUUUUUUAAAGGUUGACAUCAUCAGUUUGGCGAUUUAAACCUUUCGACUUUUCAGAAGUAUAAGUAUUAAUUGGCUAUAAAAUUAAAAUAAGUUAUAUAUUAAAUAGAAAGUCAAAGUAGUUUAUGUAUUUUUGAGAAUAUGAAAAUUAAUUUAAAUAUUUUUUGGUGAUUUCAAAACCAAGAAAAAACAUGAAAAUUAAGAGAUUUUGUUCUUCGAUCCGAUUUGGUUAUAUUUCAAGGUUUUAGGUAGUUUAGGUUUUUAAAACUCUUAUCGAAAUUAACUGACUUAAAAUAUGAUUCAUUUUUUGGUUCUCGAUAAUAAAUUAUUGACCAAAGUUAACUGAUUCUUGGUAUUUUGGUUAAAUUAUUGCUAAAUUUGAUUAGUUCAGUUCUUUCGCUCAGAUAGUGUAUGUUUUGUAACAUUUUGGUAUACCUUGAUAAAAUUUAAUAUCCAUUAUUAGAAAACUAUAUCCCUUUCUUAUUAAAGGAGGAGCAUUGUUAGAAAUAAACAUUGGCUUCAUGUGUUUAUUACAUGAGUGUCAUUUCUUAGGUGUCAUUACCACAUGCACUUUCACUUACUUUUUAAAAAAACCCUUUACCAACUAGAAUAAUUACAAACAAAUGCCACUGUUCAUUACAUUAUACUAUAUGAUUUUCGGAUUUUAGGAUUUCAAAAAUAACCUUCGGAUUAUGUUUAUGGUAAGUCAUUUACACUUAAUUACAUUCUGAUUUCAAAAAAAAAAACGGGGAUUUAACUAAGGCAGCAUAUUAACUCCUUCCUAAGAGAGACUUUAUGGUAUGUUCGAAAAUUUGGAAGUGUUUCAUUUAAAUAAGGCAACAAAAUAAGUGUUUCUUUAAACGUGGUACAACUAAGUUCUUUACGGUUUGAAUUGGUUAUUUUAACCUGUACGAAAGUUCAUAUCGUAACCUGUACGAAAGUUCAUAUCGUAACCUGUACGAGUGUUCAUAUUUAAUCUUGCAACAAGUAAACCAUGUUUAUCAAAAAACUAUUAUCAAAUCGUUUAUCAUAAUGUUCAUAUCAUAACUUGUACGAAUGUUCAUAUCAAAUCGUUUUAUGAUAUUUUCGAUUCAAUUCCUCAAAAAUAACCAAUUAUUUCCAACACUUAAUGCUUCAGAAUGUUAAAGAAACACAAUUGAAUUGUUAACGUAUUCAAGGAAACAAAAUUCAAAGAAUUGAAAGACUUACCUUAAUCGAUAGGGAAUAUUUCUGAUAUAUUUUUUGCGUGACCAUCACUGAUUUUCCUUACCUAUUUCACGAUUGAGGUAAUACAUGCAUUCACAUAUUUUGUUAAAUAAUAUUUUUAAUUUCUCUAGAUGAUCUCUUUGCUAUUGCUCAUAAUAGGAUUGCAAACGAAGACUUCUGAAGGCAUUAUUGACAGCAGUUAUUUUGUCUAUAUUUUUCAUUUUCUUUUGUUUUCUUAUACAUUGUUCCUUUUAUAUUUUAUUAGACUAUUGCUUAUGUUUCAUUUAAUAUUAUAUUUAUAAUUUACCCGCAUGCAAACAAAUAUACAAUUUAAUUUUAAAGUCCAUCGCAUAUAAAUUUAUAUUGACAUACUAAAAUUCUUAGCUAUAAUCCGUACUUUCUUACAUAUAUUUUUCUUACUAUGACUUUAAUUUUUAUUAUGUCUACAUAUUAAAAGUUAUAAUACUUUAAAAAUCUCCUUGCUCCGCGCAGGGCGCGGAUUAUCACCUAGUUUUAAGUAUUUAACUGGGGAGUAAUAGGUUUGACAUCAUUGUGGAAACGAGUUUCGAUAUUUUUAACCGAUGAGUAAUAGGUUUAUAUAUUUGAAUUGUGUGCGGCUAAGACGAGGUUGAAAGAUUCUUUACAUUUGUUACUAUAUAAAAGUUCUGGUGUAAAAAUAAGUCAUUAACCCUAUAUAUAUAUAUAAACUAUUAAUUUGGUAAUGUCAACCGUGCUGUAUACGAGAAAAUGAAUAAUUUUGUAACAUCAUGAGUUGAGAUAUAUGAAAAAGGCUUAAGAGAAUUGAUUUGGCUACAUAUGCCACCAAAAUUGACUUAUCUUUUCUGUCACACCUCCGUUUAGAAUUCAGAGUUAAGCGUGCUUGAACUGGAGUAGUAAAAGGAUGGAUGAACUAUCGGAAAGUGAUUCGCGAUACCGUACGAGUGAGGUCAAAAUACGGGAAAAUGUCGUGUGGUGAUUGUAGAGCCAGUAAACAAUAAUUUCGAGCUUUGAAAAAAAUUAAUGGACCGAACGUUAGAACAGAAUGGAGUCCACGGGCUGAGAGAGCGGACGUGGAUUGCCCAUUAGUCAUGGACGGUCUGGGAGUUAUUAAUUUUUUUUCAUUUGAUUUGUUUGUACAUACUUCAUAACCAAAUAUUUUUCAUCUUAUUCAACUCUUAUUUCAGCUAAGCAAUCGAAACUAUAUGUGGUCACGAAUUAUCUCACAAACUUCCAACAAAACAUUUUUUGUGAUAUCGAAAUAGAUUGCAGCGAGGUCCUCGAGUCUCCAUGCCAUGUAAAACCUCACCCCUAGUUUGUCAUCGGUCCAAUCACAGUCGCCGUUAUGCUUUUUUCAUUUGAAAUUUUCAAAAAAAAUACUACCGUUGGAAAAAUAAUACCAACGAUUCUUAAAUUCAAAAAAUAAUUAAAAAAUGAUUACAAUAUAGUAACGGCAGUAUUAUAGAAACCGCCAGCCCAACGAAGGCUUCUCUCUUUCUUCAUCAUCUUCAAAAUUUCCGCAACUGUUUUUAAAUAUCUUAAUCCUCAUAGAAUAAUUGAUUGCUUAUUUGCCGCCAAUUAGUCGUCUUAGGGUUUCCCUUUCCACAAACUCUUCUUCGUUUGAAUUUUGAUUUCGAGUAAGAAGCGGCAAUACAAAUUGGAUGAGAAACUCGAAGCUAGAAAAAUGCACAAUGUUCAGCAAGAAGCGAUCGAUUCAGAUACUCAUGGCGGUCGGUGUACUGUACAUGCUUCUCGUCACGCUCGAAAUCCCCCUCGUCUACAGAUCCGGAUUCAACACUCUAUCACACGAUCCGUUAACCCGGCCCGAUCAUCUCGGUAGCGAGUUGGAUCUGCAAGAGAGACGACGAGCUCCAGGGCGUCCUUUUAGGAGCUUGAUUUAUCAAGAAACGGUAUCAGUGGCCCCUGCUCGAUCUCAACGGAGAAGAUUGUCACAAGAGAUCGUUAUAUCCGGGUUGAAAUUUGACCCGGAUCCGAGUAGCAGAGACGAGUCCUUGGAGCUCCAUGAAUCCGCCAAAGAAGCUUGGGAAGUUGGGAGAAAGCUAUGGGAAGAGCUGGAAUCUGGAAAAGCCCUUAAAGCCUUAAAGGAAGAGACGAAGAAGAAGACUGUGAAGCUUGGCUCCAGCUCAUGCCCGGUCUCCGUUUCCUUAUCCGGGUCGGAUCUUUUGACACGUGGGAAGGUCAUUGAGCUUCCUUGUGGGUUAACACUCGGAUCACACAUCACGGUGGUGGGGAAGCCACGCGCUGCACACUCUGAGAUGGACCCGAAGAUAUCAAUGGGGAAUGAAGAAGAUGAAGCUGUGAAGGUUUCGCAGUUUAUAAUGGAGCUUCAAGGGCUGAAGGCAGUGGAAGGGGAAGAUCCGCCUAAGAUUCUUCAUUUCAAUCCAAGGCUUAAGGGUGACUGGAGUGGUAAGCCUGUGAUUGAGCAGAACACUUGUUACAGGAUGCAAUGGAGCUCGGCGCAACGUUGUGAGGGCUGGAGAUCGAGUGAUGAUGAAGAAACAGUUGAUGGUCAGGUUAAGUGUGAGAAGUGGGUUCAAGAAAAUGCUACUUCUUAUUCUAAAGAAGAGACUAACAAGGCAACAUGGUGGCUGAGUCGGUUUAUUCGCAGGAGCAAGAAAGUAGCUGUAGAAUGGCCAUUUCCAUUCACUGAGGAGAAGCUCUUCGUGCUUAUGCUAACUGCUGGAUUGGAAGGUUACCAUGUUAGUGUCGAUGGGAAACAUGUCACAUCUUUCCCUUUCCGAACUGGGUUUACGCUUGAGGAUGCUACUGGUCUAACUGUUACUGGAGACAUAGAUGUUCAAGCUGUUUUCGCUGGCUCUCUCCCAACCUCGCACCCUAGUUUUGCUCCUCAGAGGCAUCUUGAUCUCUCAAGAAAGUGGCAGGCCCCAUCAGUUUCUGGUGAAGAAGUUGAGUUAUUCAUUGGUAUCCUCUCUGCUGGUAAUCAUUUUGCUGAGCGGAUGGCUGUGAGGAAGUCUUGGAUGCAACAUAAACUUAUCAGAUCUUCCAAAGUAGUGGCUCGGUUCUUUGUAGCAUUGCACUCAAGGAAGUCAAUCAAUGUGGAGCUAAAGAAGGAAGCUGAGUUCUUUGGGGACAUAAUUGUAGUGCCUUAUUUGGACAGCUAUGAUCUAGUUGUCCUGAAAACUGUUGCAAUUUGCGAGUAUGGGGCUCAUCAGUUAGCUGCCAAAUACAUAAUGAAGUGUGACGAUGACACAUUUGUCCGAGUAGAUGCAGUUCUUAGGGAAGCAAAGAAGACACCCACAGAUCGAAGCUUGUACAUUGGCAACAUCAACUAUUAUCACAAGCCUCUUCGCCAGGGGAAGUGGGCUGUUACAUAUGAGGAAUGGCCAGAGGAAGACUAUCCACCUUAUGCCAAUGGACCUGGCUACAUAUUAUCAACAGAUAUCGCUCGUUUCAUCGUUAAAGAGUUUGAGCAACACAAACUAAGGUUAUUCAAAAUGGAAGACGUGAGCGUGGGAAUGUGGGUGGAACAGUUCAACAACAGCGUGAAACCAGUGGAUUAUGAGCACAGCAUUAACUUCUGCCAGUUUGGUUGCAUAGAGAAUUACUUAACGGCGCAUUACCAAUCGCCAAGACAGAUGAUCUGCUUGUGGGACAAAUUGGUCUUGACGGGCAAACCUCAUUGCUGCAACAUGAGAUGACCCGACGGUGUAAGUUUCUCUUCUGUGAGAAAGUGGAACAUACAUUUUCCAUUGAGAAACAUCAAAAUGAGCCUUUGAUGUAUGUAUAUGUAUUACCAAUCGUUGAUGGUCACUUUUUGAUUUGUCUUUACCUUGGAACAAAUCAAUGGAUCCGUUGUUGAAUCAUUCAUUCACGUUCAUUCUUUUUGAUGAUUAACCUUCUGAAACCGAAAUUCAAAUCGAACA